AUGGUCAGAACCUCAACCCAGCGGUCCACGGAAGAGCCACAGACACAGAGACCUUCAAUUAUAAGGAAGCGGAGUAUGAGGGGACUUCUGGAUGUCGACGGUUGGAAAUGCAAUUGCAAUCCACGACUCCCUGCAGUCAAGUGCACCGUCAGAAACAACGGCCUUAACCAUGGCCGUCGAUACUACAAAUGCCCCAAUGCCGACACAGGCUGCGAUUUAUUCCUCUGGGAAACCGAAGCCAUUACCCGCGAACCCCGCCCGGACCCCAGGCCCCUCUCACAGCCCGACCUAUCGCUCCCUCCAACCCCCUCCACAGCCAGCAGAAGACACACCAGAGCCAACCCCAAUCCCGAGAACGUAGUGGCGGCGACGCCGUUAAAUAAGCGUCGCAUCAGUGUAGAUCUCACGUCCGAUACCGAGCCCGACUCCGAGCGUGAUGAUGAGGAUGUAGAGCCGUAUAUGAACUGGCGCGAGCCCUCACGCUCCUCAAACGGCGUGGCAACCCCGCGGAAACAGCGGAGAAUUGAUACCCAGCUGUCGCCUUCCAAGUCAAACAAUGUGCAGCUGCAUCAAUCGCGUCUUCCCUUUGGCCCAGCAGAGGCGAGCUCAUCCUCCAACCCCCGCGAUGCGCUCUCUCCACAUCCCGCAUUAGCACCGCCGCCGCCGGCCACCACCACCGGCCCUCAACGCAAAUCCCCGCGCCUCCACCCCGAAGCCGCCACCGCCCAAACCCCAUCUAGACCACACCCUUCAGUCUCCUUGUCCGACAACAUUCCCACUACGCCGCGCACUAACCCCGUCCGGCGCACCCUCUUCGGCCCGCGGCCGCGUACCCCGCCGCCGCAAUCCCAACCCGCCUACGUGCCCGUCACCCCGGGCUCCCGCAACCGCAACAUCGGCAGCCCCGGGCGGGGGCUGCAGGACACCCUGAUCGCCGACACGUUUAAGCUGCUGGACCGCAAUGGCGUGAGCCUGGCGGCGUUCUCGGCAGACCUCAGGGCGGUACUGAUGCGGCAUGUGAUGCAGAAGGAGGGGAUCUCGCAGGGGCGGGAUACGCUGCGGCUGGCGAUUGCAAGGAAGGAUCUGGAGGUGGCAGAUAUUGGGGAGAGGGUUAGGGAGGUGGAGGGGAGGAAUGAGACGCUGGAGAGUGAGAAUGGGAGGAUGAAGGAGGAGGGGGAGAAAAUGGAGGAGGAGGUUGUGGAGAUGAGGGUUAGGGUUGAGGAGCUGGAGGAGGAGAACGAGGCGCUGAAGAGGGAGAAAGAGGCGUUGGUGGAGGAGAAGGCGAGGAUGGUGGAGGAGAAGGCGAGGAUGGUGGAGGAGAAGGCGAGGAUGCUGGAGGAGGAGAAGAAGAUGAGGGCGGAGAUGGCGAAUUUGGCUUCUAGGCUUGGACGAGUGAGCCUCGAUUCGCAAACCCCGCAGCGGCAGUUUGAGGGGGUGAUGUUGGAGUUGGAUACGGCGUAUCUCAAUAUUAAAUAA